GUCUGAUUAGGAUGUAAGAUAAUAGCAAAAUAGUAACUAUAUUAGGGUUGGCAUCGGGCCCAGUGUCCAAGGCCCAAAUGUCCAGUGCUCCCCUACCCCGCUCUCUCUCUCUCUCUCUCUCUCUCUCUCUCUCUCUCUCUGUUUCUCUUUCUCACUCAUUAAUUUGUGUCGCAUCAGGUUCAGAUUCGCAUUCAGGCAUCAGCUUCAUUACACCUCGGCACACGUUCUUCAUUAUUCAGUCCUGUGAAAGACAAUUCAAUCAGUAGAAUACAAAUACAUUUACAAUCUUGACAUCGUUCAUUCCUGCCUUCGCUCUCGAAUUUCAGAAAUCCGUCCAUCCUCAUCCAUGGAUGCUUUUUCACCCUUGCCCGCCUUCUCCCCGGCUUCCUUUGGAGCUCACUCCGCCAAGACCGCUCCUUUCCAUUCAGAUUCUCUCCGAAUCCUUCCGAACUUGGCUAAAGCACCCUCAUUGCGAUCUGCCUAUCCAAUUACCGCCGUCGCCAGAGAUAUCUCCGAUGACGGAAGUGGCGAACCGUUUCGUGGUGGUCUAUCUCAUGAUGAGAAUGGUGUGCUGCGUUUGGUGCCCGAAGAAACACUCUCUUCGCCUCCUCAGUCCAUCAAUGGAUAUUUCAAAUCGCUUCUUCAGCUUUGUUGUGAUGGCCUUUCUCAUAUCCUGAAGGAUAAUUCAGAUCUCAAACAGACUAGUGAAAAGGAUGCAUAUUCAGCUAGACAUCCUCUUGUUGUCCCACAUGGAAGCACAGCUGGUGGAGGUACAAGAGCUGGCCUUUUCAGAACGCCUAUAUCAGGAGGAGUUCAAAAUGCAACUUCUGCACAUGGCUUACCUAAACCUUCUUUAGCAGUUAGGAAUUUAAUAGAACAAGCUAGAUUUGCUCACUUGUGUACUGUGAUGUCUCGCAUGCAUCACCGACGUGAAGGUUAUCCAUUUGGAUCACUUGUAGAUUUUGCACCAGAUCCUAUGGGACAUCCUAUAUUUUCGCUGUCACCAUUGGCCAUACACACUAGGAACUUAUUAACUGAUCCAAGAUGCACAUUAGUUGUACAGAUUCCUGGAUGGAGUAGCUUGUCAAAUGCACGGGUGACAAUUUUUGGUGAUGUAUACCCCCUCCCAGAAGACCAACAGGAAUGGGCCCAUAAACAGUACUUAGCUAAACACCAUCAGGGACCUUCUCAGCAGUGGGGAAAUUUGCACUACUUCCGAAUGCAGAACAUAAGUGAUAUAUAUUUUGUUGGAGGGUUUGGAACUGUUGCAUGGAUCGAUGUUAAGGAAUAUGAAGCCCUACAACCUGAUAAGAUUGCUGCUGAUGGGGGUGAACAGAAUCUGAAGGAACUAAAUGCAAUAUUUUCAAAGCCUCUGAAGGAACUAUUGUCAAAAGAAACUGAGGUAGACGACGUUGCUUUUAUAUCAGUUGACAGCAAGGGGGUUGAUAUCCGUGUUCGGCAAGGAGCCCAGUAUAAUGUCCAGAGAAUCUCAUUUAGAGAACGACACAAUGUUGAAACACUAGAAGAAGCCAAAAAUGCACUUUGGGAACUUCUAGAUAGAGGUCAAGUAGACCAAAAAUCACAUAAGUGAGCGGUUCUAUUUGUCGGUCUUUUGAUUUUGUUGCCUUUUCAGACGAAGGAGACUAACAUGAAGUCAAGCUGUAACAUCCUAUUCUUAGAGGAAAACGAUUGUCUUAUGCUCCAUGUGAAACUACUUUUUCUUGCAAGUUUGAUGAUCUUGGAGAGCUUGUACUAAAGAAACAAAACGGAUUACUAUUAGAUUACUAUUAUGCCUUGAUUUAGUACUCUCAAACAUUGUUUCACAGGGUUCAUGCUUACACGCAUUAUCUAGCCACCAAUACACAGCAAUGAAGAGAUCUUCAUGUCUUGGUAAACAACACACAAUUUUACUUAAACUCUACUCUCUGAAAAUUACACUGCAGGAUCUAACAAAACAUAAGAAUUUUAGAAAACAAAAAUCAAAUGAAAAAGAAUUAAGCCAUUGAAUUGAUUACAACAUAUUGUAUAGGUUAGGUUGGUAGUUUUGCCAACAUUUUCAUUGCAGAAUGAGCUUUGUUCUCCACAUCUCUCCAAUGACUUUUCUGGGUGCCGGAUUAUCGGGGCCCCUGUCUCGUUGCCCUGAUGUGAAAUACAACAU